AUGACUAGUGACGUUGAUUUAGUUCGCAAAAAAUUAGUUGUUGUCGGCAAUGGUAAUGUUGGCAAAACAUCUUUACUUUAUGCAUUUAAAGAUAAUCGAUUUUGUCAAGAUUAUGUACCGACUUUAUUUGAAGGAAAUACUCAUGUCAUCGAUGUUGAUAAUAAACGUAUUGAAUUAUUAUUAAUCGAUACAGCUGGACAAGAAGAAUAUGCCAGACUUCGUGUACUUGGCUAUCCCAAUACUCAAGUUGUUUUAAUUUGUUUCGCUUUUGAUUCACCCGAUAGUCUCACAUGUGUAUUGGACAAAUGGGGACCUGAAGUAAAACAUUAUUGCCACAAUGUUCCUAUACUUUUAAUUGCGAACAAACGUGAUCUACGUGAUGAUCCGACUGUACAUGAACGCAUUAAAUCUCAAAAUCAAAAAAUCAUAACAACUGAAGAUGCUCUUCUGUGUGCCAAACGAAUCGGCGCACGAAACUAUCUUGAAUGUUCAGCAAAGACACGUGAAGGUGUGCGAGAAGUAUUCGAAUACGCAGCUAAAGUAGCAUUAGAUAGACAUUCACACGACAAAUGUUUUUGUAAUUGCACUUUAUUAUAA